CUUCCAAACCUUUCACUCUCUAAUUACCUAAGCAAAAAGCCGGGGACCAGUAGCGGAGCUGCAGAGACAGAUUGUGGGAAAGGAAAAGGGAGCAGGACAUGUGAGAUGAACGUGAAAAUAAAAGGGAAACGGCGCAAAUGUUCAAAUGGCUGAUCUUGAGCUCCUCUACUUUGAUCCGGAGGACAUUCUGUCAAAUGCCACAAAUUCCUUCCCAUGGUCUUCAAACUACGAACAAAUUACUAAAAAGUCACUCGCCAACGAGAAUGGCUACGUAUCGGUAAAUUGUAAUGCUUCAUUUCCGAAUUCAGGACCAUGGACAACUCAUCUGCAAGACGGACAGAUCCGCGCUAUCAGCCAGCAUGGAACAGACGCCGAGAUUACCGUAAACUGCGGGGAUGAUUUAGAGACAUCUUUCACCUGCCAAGAGGGGGAUGUCAGUUUACAAAUGGAGGAAGAGACCAGUCCGUUGCAGUUAGCAAGGAGCAACAACGGAAGCCACAGCUCCUCCAGCGAACUGCACGGUAGUGUCCCGGAACUUUCCAUGAUGUCCGACGACGAGCUCACAUCCGAAGCUUCUGGGAAGUCUGCGGAUUACGGUUUCAUAAUUGCUGUCACUUGCCUGUUGACUGGCAUUUUGUUAGUUGCUAUCUCCAACACGGUUCCCCGGGGUGUUAAAGUGAACCCUGACGUUGUGUCAGCCCGGGAGAUGGAGACACUGGAGUGGGAUAACGCCCUGGUAAGGGCUCACUUGGACCGGUGCGUUAUAGCAGGGUUGUGUUUGCUCACCCUCGGGGGGGUGGUUCUCUCCACCUUGCUCAUGGUGUCAAUGUGGAAAGGGGAAAUGUUUAGGAGAAGGGUGUUUGCAUACUCCAGGCAGUCUGCAAAAUUAUAUGGCUCCAUCAAUUUUAGAGGGGGCUCAACCCCACCUUGUGUCCCCUCACACAUGUCUAUUGAAGAUGAAAAUUUGGAAGAGGUCCUAACUUAAUAUUAUCAACAUUUGUAAAGAUACUGACUGGAUCCUAUCUGAACAGGAAGUCCCUCUGCAUCUCAUACCAAUGGUGUCUUAUAAAAAUGCUGAUUUAAUUUGUGUAUUUCAUUCAAGUAGCCUCAGUUGACUCAGUCAAAUUUUUGUUGUGCUGACAGUAUUGUCUUUUUGGCAUAAUAUUCAAGAUUUCUGUCAAAUCGAUGCUAUUCUGUGUGUAUGUAUAGUAUCAAAGACUACAUAUGGGAUGUAAUGUUUUAGCAGGUUUAAAAGAAAAUUGUAUGUUCAACAGUCCUUCAAAAAGGCACUUAAGAUGUCUGUGUGGCAUGCUAGAAAUACACACACACAAAUACAAAAAUUGUGUCCAUUUCUUUUUUUUCAUCCUAUCAAAAUGUGAAUUGUUAAGACAAAAAUAUAUAAUUCAAGGGUUGUAAUAUGUUUGUGAAUAGCUGAUGUUUUAGCUUGAACAGUACAUGCUAAAACACUAGAGUAUUGACAGCAGAUGUUCAAAA